AAAAAACCUCACUAGCUGAAGAGGAAGUGUAAACAUAGCCAGGCAUAAGUCAUUCAUCGUAGUUUUUUUAGGACUGAUAAAUUUACAUGUUGCGCUUGGUGAGAAAAAAAUGUAUCAUGCAGAGUAAUAAUUAAGUAUUUAAUUUUACAGGAUACUCCAAGCAGGCAAAAAUCGUUGUCUUGAUUUAAGAGACGUUUUCCAAAUGACCGCAACUACAGAGAAUACCUCGAGUAGGUUGGAUUCGUUGUUGCUGCUCUUGAUGGAUCAGCUGGAAAGCCUUCAAGAAAAGCGAGGCUCCUUUAAUGCGCUAAUCGAGCAGGGCUGGUUCUCCUUGUCAAAAGCUCGUUAUUCAAUGGGUAACAAAUGUGUCUCCGCUCUGCAAUAUGGACACGAGAUGGCGCCACUCGUUUAUGUCAAGUCAAGUUCAUUAAACAAAGGGCAAAUUGAAUUUUGCAUAGAACGACAAGAUCUUAAAUUGCCAGAAGAGACACUUCCAGUGGAAGUCAUUGGGCCGAAAGAAGAAGGUGUGAGAAGACGAAAAACAGCUCAGAAGAUAGAAGAGAAAAAUGAUGUUGCACAACCUGAACAAGCACCUCAUAGUAAUGAAAAGUCAGAGUCAGAAAAGAAGGCCAAAAGUCAGCAUCAAGAUCCCCUGAGAUGGUUUGGCGUUCUUGUGCCUCAGACCCUGAAACAAGCCCAGUCCAGCUUCAAGGAGGUAAUAAAAUUGGCAGCUGAGAUUGCAACUCUGCAGACACAGAUAGAAGCCACAAGAGCAGAAUUCAGGACGCUGCUUGAACAGAAGCAAAACUUACGGAAGCAAAGAGACAUUUAAGAAUCUAAAACUGUGCUUCUUAACAAGUUGAUUGCAGUUUUUUUACCUUGCAGAUUUCUUUUUUGAGAGAUGCCAAUGAACCCUUGAAGUGCAAUAAAAUCAGAACUGCUAUAAUGUGAUCUUGUGUUCUUCAUAAUACCUUUUUUGGCCUGUUCACAGGCAGCUUCACAAUAAAAGCCAGCUUCUUUAAAUAUAGAAAACUAGAUGUGGUACCUGGUGUUGGCCAGGUAUACUUAUAUAAUGGGCUUAAAUAAAGCAAAUGUUUGUGUGUUUUGUUUUUAAA